UUUAUGUAAUGAUAAUAAAAAAGGAGAAUGUGAUCCUAGGCAUAUAGAAGAUGAUAAAAAAAAUAAAGUUAAUGAUAAAGUGAUUAAUAAUAUGUGUUAUGGAUUGAUGAACUGUAAUGAUGAUUUUAACGAAACGUUCAAAACGAAUAUUCUCAAAAGUUAUCAAAAAAGUAUUUACAAGUUGAUAGAACUAAGAACAAAUGAAAAGAAAAUAAAAAAUUUGGAUAUAACAUCUGAUGUGAAUACAAAGGAUACAUCUCUGAAUGUUUUGUCAACUAAAGAAAUGGUAAAUAAGAAAAAGGGAGGUCCUCCUUUUUUCAAUAAUAAAGGAGAGAUGGGCUUGGAAAGACAUGAUGAUAUGAUAGACAUUUUUGGAGAAGGUAAAAUGAAAGGAAUUAAAAAUACGGUGGAUAAAUAUGACAAGCACAAUAAUAAUAAUAAUAAUAGUAAUAGUAGUAGUAAUAAUUGUUGUAAUGGUAGUAGUAAUAAUUGUUGUAAUGGUAGUAGUAAUAAUUGUUGUAAUGGUAAUUAUGAUAAGGGGAAAGAAAAAAAGAAACAAACGACAGAGAUCAAUAUUUUGAUAAACAAUAUGUGUGAUAUAAAUAACUAUACACAUACAAAUACGCAUUCUGUAAUUAUAAAAGAAGAUUAUGAUAAAUUACAACAAAAUAAGAUAUCUUCAAAAGAUAAUACGUUCAGUGAAUAUUCGUCAUUCGUAUUUAGUUUAAAUAUGAACACGCAGAUAUUGAAAAACAAAUUAUUAGAGAUGAAAAAAAAAAAUGAUUUAGAUAUGUACGGGUGUGACGAAAUAAUGAAGGAUGAAAAUGAGAUUGGUAUGGCCCCUUUAAUGAAAAUUGAUCCGACGAAUAAAAUUGUUAGUAAGGUGGACGGUAGUGUUUUUAGUAAGGUAGAUGGUAGUAAUUUUAAUAAGGUAGACGGUAGUGUUUUUAGUAAGGCGGAUGGUAGUAAUUUUAGUAAGGCGGACGGUAGUAAUUUUAGUAAGGUAGAUGGUAGUAAUUUUAGUAAGGCGGACGGUAGUGUUUUUAAUAAGGCAUAUGGUAGUAAUUUUAAUAAGGUGAACGGUAGUGUUUUUAGUAAGACGGACGGUAGUGUUUUUAAUAAGGCAUAUGGUAGUAAUUUUAAUAAGGUGGACGGUAGUGUUUUUAGUAAGACGGACGGUAGUGUUUUUAGUAAGGCGGACGGUAGUGUUUUUAGUAAGGUAGAUGGUAGUAAUUUUAAUAAGGUGGACGGUAGCGUUUUUAGUAAGGCAUAUGGUAAUAUUUUCAAUAAAAUAAAAGAUGAGGUAGAAAAAUAUGUAGAUCCUUUGCCGUCACAUAUAACAACAGAUGGCAUGAGAAAAAAAAAGUCGGAAUUAUUAUUAUCCAAAGACGGUUCUAUAAUUAUAUCUAAUUUGGAUACUUCACAUUUUGAAAUAAACUUGUCUCAGAGCGAGAUACAAAAUGAAAUGUGUAAGGAAAAUAGUUUUGUUAAAUAUCAACUGGAAAAUAAACUAAUCUUAGAAUUAGAAAAAGAAAUAAAAGACGAAGAAAAAAAUAUUCAAAAUGAACUAGAGGGAAGUAACUGGUCUAUAUAUAUAGAAGAUCUUGAUAAAGAAUUAGUAAUUAAUAAAAAAAGUAGAGAUAUUAAAGAUAAAUAUUGGAUAGAUAAAAAUAAAGAUAACUAUAUGAUGAUAUAUGAAGAUAAUAAAUGUGGAAGAAGAAAAAAAAAGAUAUCACAAAAUAAAUUACUUAUAAAAAAGAAAAGGAUAAAAAUGAGAAAUCAUGAGAAAAAAAGAAGAACUCGUUUUUUUUUUAAAUUAUAUAAAAGAAAUGAUACACAUAAAAAAUUAAGCCCCAUACGGGUUGCACGACAUGUCGAUGUGAAGUUGGAUAAUCUGAAUGAUAAGACUGUCAUGUUAAAAAAUGAAAUAAGGGAUGUGAAAGGAGAGGAUGAUGUAUAUUUUGAUUUUUUAAAUAAAGAUAAUAAUAUGGAAAAUGUGAAAAAUGUGAAAAAUGUGAAAAGUGUGAAAAAUGUGAAAAAUGUGAAAAAUGUGGAAAAUGUAAAAAAUGUGAAAAAUGUGGAAAAUGUAAAAAAUGUGAAAAAUGUAAAAAAUGUGAAAAAUGUAAAAAAUGUAAAAAAUGUAAAAAAUGUGGAACAUAUCGAUAAAUAUAAUAAAAAAGAGGUGAUGAUAAAAAAAAAAGGAGAAUCGAAUAAUGUACCCCCGAAAGAGAAACAUAAUAAUAAAAAGAAUUAUUGUAAUUAUGAUUUGGGAAUGCAUUCAUUACAAAAUAGACAUACAAUUAUUACACCAGAAGUAGCAUCAAAAUUUUUAUGUAAAAACAUGAAAAAUUAUUUUGAUAAGUCUAACAAUUCAAUUGGAAUAAACAAAAUAAGCGCUUCUAAUAUUUUUAGACAUACGAUGUGUGUGACAAGCCAUAUAAAAGGUGAAAACAAAAAUAAUGGAAAUAAUAUUAAUUAUAAAGGACCAGCUUCCAAAACGUUAGUUAAUAAAUUGUUUAUAUCAAAAAAGGAGAGUAAGAGACCUAUUACAUCAUCCAAAAAAAGGGAUGAUGAGAAUAUAAAUGUGAUAAAAAAAAAUAACACAUCAGCUCAAAAAGUAAGUGAAAAAAGAAACAACAACAACAACAAUAAUAAUAAUAAUAAUAAUAAUAAUGUACUAGGAGACAAGAACAAAAAUAAAAAUAACGAUGAACUAUUCAGAAAGGAGAUUAAGAAAAGUACUAUUUCUAAACAAAAAAAAGGGAAGAAUGAAGGAAACACAAAAACUCAUAAAGAUAAUAUUAACAUAUUGAAUGAAGACGUAGACCAUUUCGAACAACCAAGUUUCCAUUUGGAAGUUACCAAAAAAACCAAAAAAAAUAAAAAAAAAUCUAAUGAUAAUAAUAAUAAUAAUAACAACAACAAUAAUAACAACAACAAUAAUAAUAACAACAACAAUAAUAAUAACAACAACAAUAAUAAUAAUAACAACAAUAAUAUUAACAACAACAGUAUUAACAACAAUAAUAAUAAUGUUAGUAUUAAUAAUAAUAGUAAUAAUAAUAAUGGUUUAGAAGAAUAUAAAAAGGAACAUAUUGCUACUAAUGAAAUUAUUCGAGAAUCAGAAAGCGAUUUGUAUGUAAGUUGUGAUGAGGGUUGUUAUAAACAUGGAGAUAUGUGCAAUAUGGAAAUUAUAAACAAUGUGGAUAAUAUACACAAGAUAGAUAAAAAUGGUAAUGAUAUAGAUUAUAAGGAUAAAUCAUUGGAGAAUAAUAAAAAAAAACAGAUGAAAGGUCUCAUCAAAAUAUUACCCUCGUUAUCUACAGAUAAAGAAAAAGAAAAAAAAAAAAAAAAAAAUAUAUAUAUACCAUUAACAAUAGCAAGUAGGAAGACAGUAGCUUAUCCAUUCAAUGACACGACAAAGGAUAUCAAAAAUAAGUUGCAUACUUUAAAAAGAAAUACAUGUGUAACAUAUUGUAAUGUGGAUAAUAUACAGAAUAAAAAAAAAAAAGGAGAGGAUAAAAAAAACAUCAAGAGGGAUCACCAUGUAGGGCUAGAAAAGUUUAUAAAUAAAAAGGACGAUAUAAAUAAAAAGAACGAUAUAAAUAAAAAGAACGAUAUAAAUAAAAAGAAUGAUAUAAAUAAAAAGGACGAUAUAAAUAAAAAGGGCGAUAUAAAUAAAAAGGACGAUAUAAACAAAAAAAAUAAUUAUAAUAAUAAUAGUAAUAAUAACAAUGUUGUGAAAAAAUGCUCAAAGACACAUCAAAAUGAAGAAAAGAUUAAGGGAAAUAUUACUGUUAUAAGAAACAAGUUAAGGGACAAAGGUAAAAAGGAAAAUAUCGGAUUAAAAAAAAAAAAAAUAGAAAGGAAAAACACAACCACACUUUCUACAAAGAAACAUGAUAAUAUUAUAGAUAUAAAGAAAAAGAAUGAAAAAGAAAAUAAAAUGAUAAAGAAUUCCAAAUUUAUAUGUUUAAAAAACAAGGGAA